AUGGCUAAUGCGAUAAUUGAUGUCAAAAACGGCUUGUCGCAGUACCGCGCCGCCCAAAAGUAUGACAUACCUCAGCAGUCUAUUUCCGACAGACUCAAAGGCCAGGUAGCCCUGGCUGAUCAGAUCCAGCCUCGUCAACUCUUGAGUAAGUCUCAGGAAGCUCGCUUGGUUUCUUGGAUCCUCCGCCAAGAGUCUCUCGGCUAUGCUCCCUCCCACAGUCAGAUCCGCGCAUGUGUGGAGGCUCUUAUGAAGCAACUGAACAACGAGCGGACAGUGGGGCGCAACUGGGUCUCUAAAUUCAUCAAUCGCCAUCCGGACAUCAAGAACAAGCGUGGGAGACGUCAGGAAGCUAACCGAUUUAAUGCUUUUACGCCUCGUGUCGUAUAA